AGUGGAAAUGGAUGAGGCAGAGAUGUACCAGCAGAGGCUGCAGAUCAUUGCAGAGAAAAGGCAAGUCCAAGCAGAAGACGAGAGAGUGAGGAGAGAAACAGAAGAAGAGUGGCUGAAAGUGGUGCAGCACCAGAGGAAGUCUAUAAGGGACAAGUGGUUGAUGGAGCCAACUCUCAGCAGCAUGGAGGCCCAUGGGCCAGGGUCCAUGCCAGGCUCCUCUCCUCAGAGAACAGAGGAGAGCACAGAAGAAGCAAAAAUCAUAACACAGAUAGAGGAAGACAUGGACAUAACAGAGAAUAUGAAUUAUGAGCAAUCAUCACAAAUUGUGGAGAAACCCUUGCCCCUUUCAGACAAAGUUGAGAAGCAUAUAGAGGCAAAUCCAGGGGAGGAAGCAAACAAUGGUAGUGCAACUUCUGAAAAUGCCCUUAACCCCAGAAUAUUACUUGAGAAUGGACAGCUGAAAAGAUCAGUUCUUGGAAUUUUAGAGGUUCAAGGAGAAAGAGAGCUGAAGACUGGUGCCACCACUAUGAUCAUGGCCUCACUAUCAGCAGUAGCACCAGAGGCUCCAGGGGAAAUUGUCUUUGAUGAUGACCACCAGACAGUGCACACAAUGCGAGGCAUUAAGGACCGCCUGCCCUCAGGGAAGGAGCUAAACCAGAUUCUUGAGGUGGUCUCUGAAGAAGAAGACUGACCAAAUCACAUUUGAAAAUGAGAAGAAGGCCAUAUUUCUACUGAAUCUUAAUGAGAAAAACAGAAAGCAA